GCACGGUGAUGAGCAUCAAUGGACGGCGACAUCGCUGUGGGACGGGUGGUGAUGUCACCCAGUGAAGUUCGUAACACCUUCUGCUUGCUGCAGCACCAGCGAGGGGAGCAGCUUCCCGACCUCAGCUCUCCCCAGCCCACCGCACAGCCCGGGGCCAUGGACGUGGCAUCCGACUGGGUCUGCCCCAUCUGCGGGCAAAUUCGGGAGGAUGUCACCUACGUGACCCCCUGCCAACACCAGUUGUGCUACGGCUGUGCCAUCUGGUGGGCCAGCAAGAAGCCGAGUUGUGCUGUAUGCGGGCACAAAAUUACAACCAUCCGAUACUCGGUGAGGUCGGAUGAUGACUUCCUCGAGUGUGCUGUCCCGCAGCCCGCAGUGCACUCAGACCAAGAUCAAGGCCUGCAGGAGGAGCAGGGGCCUGCAGAGCCGGUGCUCAUCCCACCUGAGCACAACUUUCCAGCCGAGGUCUGGGCUGCAUUUUUCAGAGAACACCAGGGAGACCUCGAACCCCUGCUCCAAUGGCUGCAGGAGGAGAUCCAGCAGCAGUCCAGCGAUGACUGGUGGGAAGUCUAUGCAGCACAGUGGACCACCAUGAACUUCCUGUGCGAGCAUGGACUGGAUGAGGAGGCCUUGCUGCAGGCGCUGCAGCCGAUCACCGACGGCGAUGUGGUGCCCUUCGUGAGAAGGCUCAUCGGCACCGCAGCAGCCCUGUACGGCCCCACGAUCCGCCACGAGCUGGACCACCGGGACAGCCACGCUGCUGGAGGACGGGAGGACGGACCUGCAGCCAGCGCCAUCACCAGCACCUCCCAUCUGGAGCCUCCCGCCUCGGGCCCAGGCCGCUCCACCAGCCCCGCAGGGCCCAGCGCCGAGGAGCUGCCUGGCAGCUCUCCUGGGGGACCCGGGCGCCCCAGCACCGCCACCGCGCCCUCAGCAGAGGAGCCCCAGGAGGAGCCAGGGCAGGCGGCGGCAGCGGGCCCCUCCGCCCAGGGCAGGGACCGCUCGCGUGGGGGGCCCCGGCGCCCCCCGAAGAGGAAGGCCAGCAGCAGCCGCCAGGACUCGUCCCCACCCCGCAAGAGGCGGCCCUGGCGGCGGCGCUAG